AAGAUAUUCUGGUUGUCUUCCUCUCAUUUAAAAUCAUUAGUUUGAGUUUUGUUGUGCAGACAAUUAUUUAACUAAUUUACCCUUUUUGCUUAUAAUCUACUUCUCCGAGUGAUUUAGGUCCUCUCAAUAAAAAUUAGUCAAAAUGCCUAUCGAUAUGGUAUCGUUUGCUAAAGAUUUUAUGGCCGGUGGUAUUUCUGCAGCCAUAUCCAAAACCGCUGUAGCUCCAAUUGAGAGAAUCAAGCUUCUAUUACAAGUUCAACAUGCUUCUAAACAAAUUGCCGAAGCUCAACGAUACAAGGGUAUUGUGGAUGCUGCUGUUCGAAUUCCAAGAGAACAAGGUUUCCUUAGUUUCUGGAGAGGAAAUUUGGCUAAUGUUAUCCGAUAUUUCCCAACUCAAGCUCUUAACUUUGCUUUCAAGGACAAAUAUAAGCAAGUUUUCCUCGGAGGAGUAGACAAGAAUAAGCAAUUCUGGAGAUAUUUCGCCGGUAAUUUAGCUUCUGGUGGAGCUGCUGGUGCAACAUCUUUAUGUUUCGUAUAUCCACUUGAUUUUGCUCGUACUCGAUUGGCUGCCGAUGUCGGUAAAGCCGGUGGUACUAGACAAUACAACGGUUUAGUAGAUUGUAUUGGUAAAACCUUAAAAUCUGAUGGUUAUUUGGGUCUUUACAGAGGUUUCGUUGUAUCUGUCCAAGGUAUCAUUAUCUACCGAGCUGCUUACUUCGGUUUCUUUGACACUGCCAAGGGUAUGUUACCAGAUCCCAAGAAGACACCAAUUGUCAUCUCAUGGCUUAUUGCCCAAGCUGUAACAACUGUAUCUGGAGUUAUUUCAUAUCCAUUUGAUACCGUACGUCGACGAAUGAUGAUGCAAAGUGGUUUACCUCCUGCAGAACGAAUGUACAAGAGCACAGCACAUUGUUGGGGAAAGAUUGCUAAAACUGAAGGUUCAAAGGCUUUCUUCAAGGGAGCUUUGUCUAAUGUAUUAAGAGGAACUGGUGGAGCUUUCGUAUUAGUGUUAUAUGAUGAAAUCAAGGCUUUACUUUAAGUACAUAUUAAAUUAGGGAUAUUUUGAUUUGGUGGACAAGACCAUCUUCGUAAAACGAAAAAGCUCGUAAUCAUUAUCUCCAUUUAAGAAACAAACCAUAAAAAAAUCGUAAAAUUCUAAAGCGACUUUUAUUGCAAUUCCAAUGUUUAUUAUUGAAUUCGAGUGAAAGUUCAUUCUAUUAUUUACCACUUCUCUAACUUCUUGUUUUUCCAAUAGCCGCUGUUAAUACAUCAUUCAGCAUACCGCCCAUCAGCACCUCACUCGAUGAAUCUUAAUUUAAAAUCGUAAAUAAAUUCAACAUUGGUUUACA